AUGAGUAACAUAGAAGUAGAAAUUCAAGAUGACAAUGAUGAUAUUAUUGUUGAUGAUAAUGAAUCUAUAAGUCAAAUUAAAUCAAAUGUACGUCAUAGAAAAGGUCGUGGUUUUAACGAACAAAAUGAUCGUGCAAUGAUUCAAACUGAUAAUUAUGAUAGAAUUAUAAAUGACAAUGAAAAUAAUCCUGGACCAGCACGAUCAAUUGAAGGAUGGAUAUUAUUUAUUCGAAAUGUUCAUGAAGAAGCACAAGAAGAUACAAUAUAUGAUUUAUUUCGAGAAUAUGGCAAUGUUAAAAAUAUGCAUUUAAAUUUAGAUCGAAGAACUGGUUUUGCUAAAGGAUAUGCACUUGUUGAAUAUGAAACAUUUAAAGAAGCUAAAAAUGCUUUAGACAAUAUAAAUGGACAAGAUUUACUUGGGCAAACAUUACAUGUUGAUUGGGCUUUUGUUAAAGAACCAUUAAGAAAAUCAAGACAAACUACAAGAAAAUAG